GGGUGGGAAAAGAAAGUCUCCCAAAUUAAUCCCAUUUGAGCAACAAAAAGCCAAAGCCCAAAAUCUAUCCUUCACGUCGCCGUCUGUACGUAGUAAUCUCGUCCUCGCGCCGUCGUUUCUGUGCCGCCGCUCUUUGCACUGUCGUAUUGUCUUUACUCCAGCCCCUUUUUUCAGAUAAGAAAAUGCUAAAAAGGAGAAUUUUCCAAUCAAGAAGGUGGCUUUGUAGAAGCUUCUCGAGCAUUAUUCAUUCAGAGCCUGUGCGAGUGUGUGUUGUUGGAAGUGGACCUGCCGGUUGCUACACUGCCGAAAAGAUGUUGAAGGCAAGUCAACAAGCACAAGUUGAUAUCAUUGAUAGGUUGCCUACGCCAUUCGGGUUGGUUCGCUCCGGUGUUGCACCCGAUCACCCUGAAACUAAGAUUGUCGUCAACCAAUUUUCAAGGGUGGCGCAACAUGAACGAUGCUCAUUUUUUGGAAAUGUGACGCUUGGAUCAAACGUAUCUCUUGCUGAAUUGCGCAAGCUGUAUCAUGUGGUUGUCCUUGCAUAUGGUGCUGAAAGUGACAGAAGUCUUGGAAUUCCUGGAGAAAACUUAAAAGGAAUACUAUCAGCCAGAGAAUUUGUUUGGUGGUAUAAUGGGCACCCAGAUGGACGAAAUCUUGAUCCAGACCUGAAGAGCAUUGAUACAGCUGUAAUUCUUGGUCAGGGGAAUGUUGCUUUAGAUGUUGCGCGAAUUCUUUUGCGACCUACUACAGAGUUGGCAACAACUGAUAUUGCCAGUCAUGCUUUGUCUACAUUAGAAGAGAGCUCUAUCAGGGUAGUUUAUUUGGUUGGAAGACGUGGUCCAGCCCAAGCUGCUUGCACCGCAAAAGAGCUACGUGAAGUUCUAGGUAUUAAGAAUCUUGAUGUUUCCAUACAGGAAUCUGAUCUACAUCUAACUCCAACUGAUGAGGAAGAGCUUAAGAGCAACCGAAUACACAGAAGAAUUUUUGAGUUGCUAUCCAAGGCAGCUACCUCAAGACCGAUACAUGCUGGUUUAAACCAGCGUCAACUUCGUUUUGUCUUCUUCCGUAAGCCAGAUAGUUUUCAAGAAUCAAAAGACAGUACUGGCCACGUAUCUGGCGUGCUCUUUGAGAAGACAGUUCUUAAAGGUGUUGGCCCUGGAAAACAAAUUGCCGUUGGUACUGGAGAAUUUGAAGAUUUAAAAUGCGGGAUGGUUCUUAAGAGCAUUGGUUACAAAUCAGUACCGGUAGAUGGCCUGCCUUUUGAUCAUAAGAAAGGUAUAGUUCCAAAUGAUAAAGGUCGAGUGUUGAGUGACACUUCAGAUACUGCAGUUCUUGAAGAGGGCUUGUAUGUAUGUGGUUGGCUGAAGAGAGGACCAACUGGAAUUGUUGCGACAAACCUAUAUUGUGCUGAAGAAACUGUUUCGAGCAUAUUAGAAGACCUUGAGAAAGGUGGUUUGAUUUCAUCAACGGCUGCACCAAAACCAGGCAGGGACGGUCUCCUCAAUCUUUUGCAUGAUAGAAACGUUAGGACAGUUUCAUUCAAUGAUUGGGAAAAAAUAGACUCUGAAGAAAAGAGGCUUGGUAGUUUAAGGAACAAGCCUAGGGAAAAACUAGCCACCUGGAAUGAACUACUGACAGCUACCUCAGAAGGAACUGAUCAUUCCACGUGAUACAUUUUCUCAUGCACCAAGAAAAUACCAAAUAAUUGAAAGAAAGCUUUCACAUUACACACUCAUUGGUCAACAAGGAAGUCCUAUCCAAGUGUUCUCUUCUGAAAUGUUGUAAUCUUUGUUGUGAUUCUUUGCAGAAAGAAGCAUGAGUUUUGGAUUGCAGUGAUAAUCAUGCACACUUAGCUGUUGAGCAAUGAUAUUUGCAUGGUUAUUUUCUUAUUGACACUUUCAAUUCCCUGUAUACUGUUUUGUAUUAAAUUAAAUAAGUAAUGAUAUAUUACAAAGAUAAUUCACAAUAAUUGUUGAAAAAUUGAACA